AUGUUCAACAGAAAGACAUCUACACCGGACCCCCACCGGCUGUCACCGAACUACACAGCCAACCGGAGUGUCACGCCCAACAAGAAUGACGACAAAUGGAAUCAAGCACAACACGACCUGAUGGUCAAGGUUGGCCAAAUGGAGAAGGAGGUCAAGGCUCGAAAAGAGGCAGAAGAAAGGUACAAAGACACUCUCGUCAAAAUGGAACGUCUUCAAUUGGCUCUCCAGGAAAAAACCAGUCUACAGGAGUCUGAGGCACGUGAAAGGGAGAUAGCCGAGGAAAGGUGUGAAACGUUACGUAUGACUAUAGACAAGUUGGAGGAGUAUCUCAGGAAGAAGAGCACGAACGAAUACCCUAGGGUGGGAAAGUCGGAGACAGAAAGUGUAACGAAGUCCCUUGCCGAUGUAAUCAGUGUGGAAAAUGAACUUAAGACGAAGACGAAGCAACUCGAGAAAGUGGACCUAGCAAGACGGAGAUACAGGGCACGGUGUAAACAACUUCAGAACAAGCUUUUAGACAAGGGAGUUGUGAUGGACGACGGUUGGAAAUCAGACGAGGAGGACGAAAUUGCGGAGGAGCUCGAUUUCUAG